ACCUAUGUGAUAAGAUAUAAAAAAUUCCCAAGCACCCAAUGAAUAUUUGUGUAAAAUUUGAUUCCAUUCGUAUUGUGAUUACUGAUUAGUGACUUAACUCAGUCUCUAAUCUUAAACCCAAAUCCCAAAACCUGGACUUAAUUUGGAUCUGAGCAAAUCCUCCUUGUCCAUCUCUCUCCUCUCUGAGCCUCUAGUUACAUGGGCUUCCUCAGUCCCUGGUUUUGCUCCAUCCCUCCAUGGCUUCCUUCUUCUCUGGUCCUUUCUUCUUCACUCCAACAAUAAAACGCUCCCCUCUUCACCCCUCUCUUCACUCACACAGCCAAAUUAGUCUUCCUCAAAUAAUACCAACAAAGUUCAAUAACAUUUUUCACUAGGCCAGUGGACAAUCCUACUGUGUUCAGUGUAGUGAAUAUGAGAGAGACUGAGGGGUGUUGAUUUUCAUUUUUGUAUUUUUGAGCUGGGUUUGAGUUCUGGGGGUUGCUGAACAAACCCAAUGAAAGAGAUUUGAGUGGUGUUGAUUUUUAUUUUGCGUUGAGUGGAAAAAACCCAAAUAGAGUUAUGAUAUCGUCAGGGAUAAAUCUGGUGAUGACGGUGAUUGGGUUCGCGGUGAGCACCAUGUUCAUCGUGUUCGUGUGCACCAGGCUUGUCUGUGCUCGGAUUCACCUCAACGUUUCAAGACGCUCCUUCCCCAUAGCUUCCAGAUCCGAUCUCAGUAUUCUGGAACGGGGGUUACAUGGCGUUGAACCUGUAGUAGUAGCCAACUUCCCUACAAAGAAGUUCAGUGAUGCAUUUUUUUCAGCUGUAGAAGAUGCUCAAUGCACUGUUUGCCUCGUGGAAUACCAUGGUGAUGAUGUAUUGCGGAUUCUCCCCUCUUGUGGGCACUCCUUCCAUGUGACCUGUAUAGACAUAUGGCUUCAGCAGCAUUCCACAUGUCCUGUUUGUAGAAUGUCAUUGCGCGAGUUUCCUGAGAGAAAACGGCGCAUGCAACCCUUGUUCAGUUCCGCUAUUCGAUCUCAUUAUGGUACAGAGUCCUUCAAUACCCAUUCUUAUCGCUAUAUGUUGAAUAAUCGUGGAUCAAGAACACAUGACAACCGUGGCAUGGACCCAAUUCAAGAAGAUAAUUUACCAUCGGAGGGUGAUGCUGCAGAUACCAGGGAGAAUGCGUCCCCCUUAACUGAGAAUACUCAGGAUUCUAAGGACUUGGCAAACAAGCAUGUAGAAAGCCCAUCAAAUCCCUAAAUACAGCGGUACCGUGGAAUUCAAGCUACAUACGCGAAGAUCUGAUCGGGCUGCGAAUGAGAACGGGUAUAUGGCCAAAAAGUGUGGAAGUAAAUACCAUUUUAGGGAGUUGGGUGUUUGUUCCUGUGUUUGCUGUAUAUAUUGCAAAAGUGAUUUCUUUCUUCUUUCCAUUUUAGGGUGGCUGAUCUUGGGCAGUUUUGUUAGAUCAGUUGUAAAACUAGAAUUAGAUAAAGAUUGCUGGAGGUUGUGGUUCCUUUAAUUCUGUCUCCCAUGUAUGCUCGUUGGUGUCACCUCACCGUCGCAUGUAUAUCGACAGAAGGGAUAUGUUCGGAUUGGCGACAAGCACUCCCCUUUAAACUCUAGGGAUUUAAAUCAAAAGGGAGAUAAUUUUGGAUAAGAAGAAGAGUCUAGAGGCAUAGGUAAAGAUUGAAUGAACUUUUGAGAGAA